AAUUCAAUUGAAAUGUUUUGAAUAAAUUAAAAAAAAAAAAAUUUGUUUUCAUUUUACCGAAAAAAAAACUGAUCACCGAUUGAUUGUUAGCAUCGAUAACAGCAUCCGUGACACCACUGAUGACCACAAGACUCAUACAGUCGACUGUCAGAGACAAACGUUUGGCCGCCGAAAUGUCCCACUGGUGUCGAUUGUUGGCCAAUAGUGGCGCCGGCGGUUGUGUUGGUGGCCAUCAACGUCUUAUGUGUUGCCGAAGUAUUAUUGGUCGGCAACACCAACAACAACAACAUCGGCACAGUUUAUGUCGGCAAUUGUCGACAACAGCCAAGUCGUCGCCGGCGUCGGCGUCGGACACAACAGCAAACCCGUCACAGCCGAUGAUUACCGACGAAGUGUUUGAAGAAAGACGCUAUUCGGGCGAAACCAGAUUUUCGAUGCCGAAAGCGCUGGACAUUAAGCCAAUACAGUCGUUAGGUUUGCGGUCGACGAUCGAAAAGAUAAUCAAAUACGAGUCGUUUAUUGAGCGGUCAUUUCUCGGCGAAUUCGACAAAGACUUUCUGUCGUUUCCGAUUCUGUUGAAAACGCGUCAAGAGUUUAUCGAAAUGACCGAUCAGUACGAAAUGGUUAGACAAACGUUUGCUAAGAUGCGCAAAGACGACCAGACACUGGAAACGCUGGCCUUUAAGUCGCUAUACGAACUAUCGGUAAGCGAAAUGAUGUUUGUCUUCGAGGCCAUCGGUGCUUCAAAUCAACAGCGGCUGUCAUCGUUCGGUACCGUCAGUGCCGAAGAUCGGCGACGACUCAAUCCUAUCAAUGAUAUCAAUAGACUUUUGUCGACGACUCCCGAAAAUCAGUUAACAGUGGAAUCGUUGAAUGAGAAGAAAACGUUUAUCGAAGAAGUUGUGCCAUUGAUUAUACACAACGCACUCACCUAUUAUGCAGUCUAUACGUCAUCUAAUGUUAGCCUAAGAGAUGAGAUUUUAGAGACGAAACCGAAAAUUGGUUUUGCAUUUUGCGAACCAAACGAUCACUUGGGAUCACUUCCGUACAUUCAUUGGGAAAGUCAAGCAAAACUGUCCAAUUCGGCCGAUUCCUGGCUUAUCAGUGGUUCAAAGGGACGUAUUCUCAAAGAUAAUUACGAUUAUUAUAUGGUUUUUUGUCGAUCGGACGAAUUUCCCGAAGAAUCCGAUAUCAAACGUAUCAAUCAGUACGGAAUUGUUACUUUGUUGGUACCGAAAGAUCAGGUUAUCAUUGAAAACGAUGGCACCGAUAGCUAUGGUUUUGAGUAUCAACGGAUCCGAUUCAAUGAUCUACUGUUGUCUCGAGAAAAACACGAACUAAUUAAAUCCGAAGAGAAAGCAACGCUAGCUUUGAAUGUGAAAGCCUGCGGACAGUUGGCCUCGAGUGCUAUAAUACUGGGUAUUUUGAAACAAUUGUUGCGAAAUACCUAUAAUUUUGUGGUCAACGAACGGGUCGGACUAUCCGAGUGCGAUAUCAUACAGAAAAUACUGUCGGAAAGUACGCAAAAGAUUUACGCCAUCGAAUCGAUGCUGUAUUUGACGGCUGCUAUGUUCGACUCGUUUGAAACCGGAUCUGAUAUGACAUUGGAAUCGAUUGCCGUCAAGACUAAGGCCACCGAAUUCGGUUACGAUGUAAUCAAGAAUUUGCGAUCGAUUUACGGCUCCCGAUAUCCGGUGUCGUCGACAGCUCACGACUUGAUCAACGUUUUCGACUCGUUUCUUGACUGUUCAAUCAAUAACCGUAUGUAUCUGGCCUUACGCGGUGUCCGAAUGCAUGGCCAAUGGAAUCACGACCACAUUCGCCGUAUGCGAUUGUCGCCACUAUAUCCAGUCUAUAUGUUAAAGAGUUAUCUGAAAUCGGUUAGAGCCCGACGCGAUAAUAUCAGUUUAGAUCUGGAUCUCGUCGGCUACUGUCACCCGAAUCUACGGUCGGCCGCCGAAUGGCUCGAGUAUUGUGUUAAGAAAUUGGAUUUCGUAACACAACAGGUGCUUAUCAAACACGGAAAGCAGAACAUUAUCAAUAAGCAACAAGAAUUGGACCGAUUGGCCACAAUGGCAAUUGACAUCUAUAUGGUAACGGCUACUACCUCUCGGGCAUCGCACGCCAUGUGUACCGGUUUGAGGAAUUCGGACAUCGAUAAGGAAGUGGCCAUCAAUUUGAGUAUGGAAUCGUUUCUCAAUACUACCAAACUAGUAGAUGAAUUGUUCAACAGUGGCGAUACUAACAGUGAUCAUCGGCACCCGAUGGUACACAAUCGUAAUGUCAAAUAUGACGGCUAUUUUGCUAUGCCUACUAUAGAUCGUAUUGUUUAGUGUGUUAACUAUAUUA